UUUGUUGUCGUUUUUGCUAUUCUGGGCAUAGCUUAUGGUUUCCUUGCAGCCACAUGGCCAUCCAAAGAAUCUGGCAGAGACACUACCACAUCCUCACCAAGAGGGAACUCACAAAGGAGUACAUAGUAGAGGAUUUACAUGGCUGUUACGCCCCUCCAAAACUGGAUCCGGAACACGAAGAGCGUCUGAAAAUCUUAAGCAUUCUUGUAGUGAGCACAACUGGAUCUGGAACACAGAGCAUCUGAAAAUGCUUAAGCUGUUGUACUGAGCACUGAAGAGAUGAAACAUGAUAUCUGAAACUUGAUACCGUGUAUUUAUUCACGAGGUGAGUUUGUUGUUUUGUUUAUAUAGAAUGGAUGUUUUAUGAUUUCAUGUGUUAAAUGUUCACCAGAGUGUGAACAGUUUAGCAAAUUGAACUGAACAAAAUAUAUUAGGGGGUUGUGAACAACUCACAAUUUGUAGUCCAAUAUCUUUCGCAUAUUUUCAUUGGAUUCUUGGUCUUCUUGAUCGGAUUGUCAGAUGGUUUAUUUGUAUAUGGAGCAUUUUGCCUAGUCAUGGAUUAUGGAUAGACUUGAGGACUAGCAUUGGAUUUAAAACCCUAGUUUA